AUAACCUCAAAGAAAAAACAUGUUUUUAUUAAAUUUUUAAUAAUAUUAAACAUUUUUAAAUAAUUAUUAAUUAAUUAUUAAAAUGCAGUUUAGCGAAGACGGUAAAUAUUUCGCGCAAAUUUCCGCCGAAGGGAAAUUGAGAAUUUGGAAUUCCGGUUCGAAUUCCUUGGAACAGGAAUUCACUCCGGAUUAUCAUUUGACUGCUCCGUUUACCUGUUUACAUUUCUGGAAUUCCAGGUUUAUCGAUAAUAAUAAGACCUCGCCGUCGCCCAAAAGGAAAAAACGCAAAUCGGGCGACAACCAGUCGCCCGACAUUCUAUUGGGCACCACCUCCGGUCUUAUUCAAGUUUAUUCGAUCAGCAAAGCGAGUAUCGAUUUCACAAUCAAUAGUAAAACCGGAUCGAAAAUAAAUUGCCUGACUUCGAACGCCACUGGUUCGGCGUACUCCGGAGCCGAUCAGAACAUUCUAGAAUGGAAUUUGCACAAAAAGGAGCUGAAAAGUCAAUGGAAGGCUGGCAACGAAAUUGUGACGGCAAUUUUGGCCCUGCCGGAUUUGGAGCGUUUAGUGACGGCCUCGAAAAACAUAAAAUUGUGGGAUUUGGGUCGUAAAGAGCUCCUUAAAACGUUUACCGGUCACAGUUCCGACGUCGUUACGACGUUGUAUGUAUGUCUUCCAGAUUCCGAUACUUUUUUGUUAACUGGAUCGAAGGCCGAUCGACUUUUGAGCUGCUGGAAUUUGACGGCUGACGUCAAACGGAAAAGCGCCAUCUGCAAUUUUUUGAUGGAAGAUGUCGUCGAAAAUGUCGCCGUCAAUUUGUCGCCAGAUGGCGACAUUGGUAUCGCGGCCGUCAACAAAAGCGGCGCCGUUCACGUUUACCGACACAAUUUUGACAGCAAAUGCGACAAACCAGUCAAACCGAAAACCACUGUGCAAGUAGUGUCGGCGGGCCAAUCCAACGACCCCGUCAAACCGAUCCGAAUCUUUUCGGCCCGAUUCGUCGAUUCGGACACUUUGUCAGUGGCGCACGGCGCCGAUCCGAUUUUGACUUUCGAAAAUGUCGUUUUAACUUCCAAAAAAUCACAAGUUUUGGUCCGAAUUGAUCCAUUGGCGUCCAAACAAAUUAAAGAUUCACAAGUGACCAAAUUGAAGAAACCUGUAAUCGGAGAUGAUGUUCAUUAUUCCUCGGAGGCGUUGCCCAGUAAAAGGAAAACUGGAAUUCAAGAGGAAAUUCCUAUGGAACAAAGGCUUGAAAAUUUGACAUUGAGUAAAACCGAAGCGGGAAAAGUGCCGAAAGUUGACAACGUGGCCCGUUUGCUGAUGCAGGGUUUGCACAGCAAAGAUAAAAAUAUCCUGAGGACGGCCCUGUGCCGGAAAGACGAAACGGUGAUCAGGAAUACGGUGAAACGGUUGCCGGUCACGGUUUUCGAGGCGCUGAUUUGGGAAUUGUCCGGUUUGGUGCACGGGAAGACUAUUUUAAGUCAUUUCGGCGCCUUGUGGCUGAAACACUUGGCCCAAGUCCACGCCGGCGUUUUGAUAUCGAACCCGAACUUGGCCGAACUGUUUUCGGGCGCCUUGAACAGCAUCUACAGCCGAAUCAACACCCAAACCGCCUUGAGCCGAUUGAGAGGCAAACUCGAGCUGCUCGUGCCUCAAGUGAUCACGACCGACGACGCCCGAAAGGGCGACGACGACGAAGCUUUGCUGGUUUUCGACGAUAAAGACAGUAGUGAUUCAGAUUCGGAUGACGACGAGAUGCAAAUCGAAAUUCUGUCGGACAACGAGCCCGAAGAGUGGGAGGAGGCGGACGAAAACGAUUCCGAACCGAUGGAAAAUGGCGCCGAUUCGUCCGAUUCGGAAUCGUCCGACGUCGUGCUCGUUAAUGGCGAAGUUGAAUCGGAUUGAAAAAAAACUUGUAAUUUUUAUGUAUUGAUUUUGUACAACGUCAUUUAUGUAGAGAUGGGAACAUUGUAUCGAUUUUUAAAUUUGUAUCGAAAAAAAUAUAAGUAUCGAUAUUUU